CGUUAUCAUAUGCUAUCCCGUCGUGCAAUUUACACAUUUAUCCUCCAAAAUGCCGACAGGGAAGGGCAAGGCGCCUGAUGUCUUCAGGUAUCACUAUGCAAUUGUUUCAAGGAUUCCUAAUAGUUUUAAGGACAGUAGCUUAAAACAGAAAGAACCGGCGAAACCUAUCGAUCUUGAGAAGGCGCGUCAACAACACGAAGAGUACGUCGAGACGCUGCGUAAACUCGGCAUCGAUGUGCUGGAACUUCCACUCGAUGAGCGACACCCCGACUGCGUUUUUGUGGAAGACACCGCUGUUGUUAUCAACGGCACAGCACUCAUAUGUAGACCAGGGGCAUCGUCACGAUUAGGGGAGGUUGCAGUGAUCCGGCAGACCCUGAGGAAGGAGCUAGGACUGAAGAUAGUGGAAGUGGACAAUGACAAAGCAACAAUAGAUGGAGGAGAUGUGUUAUGGACAGGCAAGGAGAUCGUGGUUGGUCUUUCUGGCAGAACCAACCAAGAGGGUGCCCAGGCCAUAGCCAAAGCUUUCCCAGAGUAUGCCACCUGCAUGGUGCGUGUGGAGGGGGCUCUCCACCUGAAGAGCCUCAUGAGCAUGGCAGGGCCAGAGCUUAUUGCAGUUAGCAGGUCCCCAGCUGCACAGAAAGUACUGAAGAGAGUUCAGGAGCAGGUGACUUACUCCUACAUGAUCCUGACUGUGGAGGAGGAGGAGGCCGCCAACAUGCUGUACGCCAACGGAAUGCGUGUCCACCUUCCUGACACGACCAUCCCCAAGAGUUUUCCUAUUAUCGAGAAUAAGCUAGAUUUCCAGAACCGCUACGCGCAGGAUAUCUCGGAGCUUCAGAAGGCUGAUGGCGACCUCACCUCCAUGUCGAUCUUGAUUCAGAAGGUAAAACAUCCUAAAAACUUCAGCAGUGGAGUCAGCGACGAGGACCUGGGCGACUUCCCUGUUGUCACUUUGUAAACAACAACAAUAACCAAACAAGGAGUUCUACAUCUUCAUAAAAGUGUUUUUAUAGGGUUGGAAAUCCUAGCUUAUUUAGAGCAUUUAUAGAUGGAAUACAUAUGGUGUCUUUGUAUGUAGUAAUAACUCUGACCUCUCAUUUUUUUGUUUAUUCUUUACAGUAAAUUGUAUUGUUAUUAUUUUCAUUUUUGCCAUGCUGUUAGCUGUGCUACCUAGAUUUAGAUAUAAAGUGCGUAAGUUGUUAGAGAUAGCAUAAGUCGUGGAAACUCCUGUAUAUGGCUUGGUCUACAAUAUAUCUGUAGUUGUAAGCAUGCUAAUCCAUCAGUGUCUGUUACAUUACAUUAUAUAUAUAUGGAAAAAAUAGGCAGUUUGUAGACUGGCAAUGCAGAGCAGGCCUUAUUUGCAGUCGUUUUUCAAUGGAGGAUGUUGUUUGUUGGUUGGUUGACUGUGCUAAAGCAUUUGAUGUCUAUCAUGUCAUACAUCAAUUUUCAUUCCUUUCCCUUGUUUUCUUAUCUUGCUUGUCUGCUACACUUGCAGAAUGUAAGACUAACAUAUCUUUUUACUGCCAGUGUUUCAUUACACAAUAUCUCCAAAGAAAAGUUAUGCAGGUCGAUGCAAAAUUUUGAUAAUUAGUCUUUAAAAGUAUUUAAAUUUAGAUUUGUUAAGAAACAGAAAUUUGUUUUGAAAGGUUUUUUUUUAACUAGGGUUGAAUAGGUUAUAUUUUACAAGUACUUAUACUUUUGAAGCAAGACUAGAACAACGUGUACUACUGUCAUGGUUAUUUGCUUGAGAACAAUUUUCGGAGGCAUGAAAGACAUUGUUUUAGUUUUUACAUGGUUCAGAUGCAAAGUAAAAAGCAAAGAAAUAAAAAUAAUGGGUUCAUUAAGAAAUUAACAACAUAAGGAAGAUGAUAGCCUGUGACAUUUUAAUGUGACAUUUUAACUCGUUAGUCCCAAAGAUAACUCCAUCUCUGAGAUAUUAUUCUAUUCAUACGUCAGGUAGCCAUUCAAUAUUGUGUAAUAUUGCAAUGUAUCUCUGUUUUGUGAAUUACAUAGUACAUGUUUUGUAAAUGUAUAUUGUGCAGCAAACCAAUAUUUAUAUUAUAAGCUUUAAAUUUUGUACUAUGGAAAUUACGUUAACUGACAAUUUAAAAACGCGCUUGUGGCAAAUAAUAUGUUGGAAUUCAUCACAAUGUCAUUGGAAUGUAAAUGUUAUUGAAACUUCUUUUUACUGGCUAACAGCUAUGAAAUUUAUUGUAUCGCCUAUGAACGUUUCGCCUCUGAACGAUAAAAGAUGUUGUCAAAUGCUCCAUGUCGCUAAGAUGCCCUGGGUCUAAUAUAUGGCAUGUAAAAACCAACAAUUUGAUUAGUAAAAGCAGACAGUAUGUGUAUAAGCCUUUAUGUUGAUCGGUCAGAUUUAAACUUGUCAAAAAUAUCAGUUUCUCAACGCAUGCUUCCCAUCCUACACGUAAAAAUUCACUGAAGGACAUUAUCCAUAGAAAAUGACACUGCAUUCACAACACCCAUGUCAUUUAUUGAUACGAGUUCUUUUUUUGGGCAAAUGUAUCCCGAUAAGUGGUAAGAUGAAAAUUCAAUUAUCUGAAAAAUACGGUUGUGAUUAGCAGGUCUUCACGUUCUUUGGUAUGCGCAGUAGAAACAAAACGCACGAUCUAGACUAUCAAAAGUAUCAAAUUAUUGUGGAAUUUUUAAAGUUCAUUUUUAUUUUAUCGACUUAUUUUGCCACAACUCUACGAGAUAAAUACAUUGUUCAGCAUAUGUAAUGUGAUAGGUAUACCGUAAGUAGUCAAAUUAUGUGUUAGAAGAACUGAAAAACAGUCAUUGUCGGGAAGCGACUUCUGCAGUUAAGGAUUGCCAGUGUGACAAGAAUGGUAGUCCCAGGAAUGAAAUUUGGGGGUCCCCAAGUGAUAAGCACAAGUUAGGGUUAGAAACGGCGUGAAAAUGUGGGUCGAGUGUCACCCGUACAAAGUAAAGGGCAACGGACUACGGUUCCUAGCGGACUACCUACACUGUACCAUUCCUGUCGCACCUGUUUUCAAUGGCGGCAUAGUGAAAAACUAAAACCCGUGUGCUGCAAAGUUCCUAUAGUCCUACAUACCUCCAUACCUAGUAGUUUUAGAUGAACCCAAGUAGGCGUCGUUCCGUUGCAGUCGUGACGGUUGUAUUGUACUUUUUUGCAGUGCGAUAUUUGUACUUUAUCACUUCAUUGUAUGCAACAUAUUCGAAUAAAAUUUGUCAGCUGCUUAAA